UUGGUCCCCUGCCAGUAUCACUGGGCAGGUCGAAUUUCAGUUUCAUUUCCUAAGCAGGAAGCUGCAAGCUGUGGAAAGGUUUCCAUUUACUGCAGGGUUGUUUUCUGAGGCAGAAGCUGUCCUGGGCGCUAGCCUUUGUGCAGACUCUUCAUAUAGACUGUGAAGUAUGGCCAUGAGAACUCGUUUGACGUGGUUGCAAGAAAAGUGCCUGCAGAAUUAUUUUGGAGGAAAACGGCUUUGUCUUCUUUAUAAGGCGAGCGUGCAGAAGUUCUGUGAGCAGGAUUUGUUAGGGAAAUGUUGGAAUCAUGGUCCCACCAUGGUUGUGCUGAACGGCGAAAACUGUGUUGUUGGCGCCUACCUGCGAGAGGGCUUCCAGAAAAGAGAGACUUAUAUCACUCUUUUUGCACUUCGAGAGACUGAAGUUUCAGAAUGCUUAAUAGGACCGCAUUUGCCAGCUUUAUUGUUCUAUGAUGCAGAGACUUCUGAUUGUAUUCCUGGUUUCCAUAUAGUGUUAAAUGAGAAAAAGGUGACUAUAAGUUCAGAGAUCUGCAAAAAGCUCGGACUGCCUCCUCAACAUUCCCCCAUGUUUAUUCAAGACUGUGAAACUUUUCGAUGCGAAGAGUUAUUGGAUGAGAGAAUGACAAGAGACAUUGCUGUGAUACAGAAUAAUUUAUUGCAAGCACUGAGAACAUAUACGCCGUAUGGAGACCUGGUUCCCCAAGCACGGAUUCUGCUGCUGGGUCCCACAGGAGCUGGAAAGUCUAGUUUUGUCAACUCAGUCAAGUCCGUUUUCAGAGGCAGCAUCACACACCAGGCCUUGGUGGGCUGUGACAUAGAUGGAGUCUCUGACAAGUAUAGGACGUAUCCCAUCACAUACAGGGAUGAUGGUCAUCCCCUGCCGUUUGUUCUGUGUGAUUCAAUGGGCCUGAAUCAGAAAGCCGGUUUGCAUGUAGACGACAUCGACUCCAUCUUAAAAGGCCACACUCCUGACAGAUACCAGUUCAAUUCCAUGAAACCAAUCACACCAAAUCAUCCAAACUACAUUCAUGACUCACUGCUGAAGGACACAAUUCAUUGUGUGGUGUUUGUGUUUGAUGUCAGUUCUAUUGAACAUCUCUCUUAUGGACUGGUGGCAAAGAUAAAAAGAAUUCGAAGGGCACUGAUAAAAAGUGGCAUUCUGCAUGUGGUUUUGCUUACGCACGUGGAUAGCCUGGACCUGAUUACAAAAGGAGACCUUAUAGACAUAUGCAGCUGUGAGCCUGUGAAGCUCAAGCUAGAAGCAGUCCAUAGAGACUUUGGUUUCGCCUUUUCUGACAUCUUGGUGGUUAGUAAUUAUGUCUCGGAAUGGUAUCUGGACCCCGUGAAGGAUGUGCUCAUCCUCUUGGCACUGAAACAGAUCCUGUAUACUGUCAAUGAUUUCUUAGAAGACUUGCCUUUGAACAAACAGGUAUCAGAAGAGAAAUAUUCCAAUGUGUGCAGAAAAAAGAGAAAAUAAGAGGAUUCAUCAUUUGGUAACAAUUAACUCAUCAGCAGAACAAUGAGAAAGAAGGAGCUGAAACUAGAAUGCACAUGUAUAGAAUAAUAGUCCUUUGAUAAACAGAGAGUAAGAUAAAAGUGAUCAGUUAUGAAAAUCAACCAUAGUUCCUGUUGUAUCUAUAUUCUGUAACUAUGAAAAAUAAGACUGGUUUGUUGUUAUAAAACCCAAAUCUAACUCAAGUAUGUGUCAUUCAUUUUCAAAUUCUACUAUUGUGACUAUGGGUUACAAGUGAUAAAACUCAACCUGGACAACAUUGGUGAAGAGAUGACUGUAACAGAAAAAAAUCAUUAAAAUGAUUCUUAAUGGUA